CGAUUUCGAGGGUUUCUCUCGAAGACGAAGACGAAGACGAAGACGAAGAGAGAUCCAUGUCGAUUCUUUGGGAGAAGAGCGAGACUUGGCGAUGGCUUGUGAGGAAGACCAGGGAUUCCAAGCCCUUCUUCUUCGUCUUCGCCACUGUCUGUGGCGUUGUCCCCGGCGUCAUUGGCUACUGCGUCAUGCAGGCAACUAACUCCCGCAACGAGCAACUCGAGGCACAGCUCCGCAAGAACGCCCGCCCUGAGACCACUAUGAUGGGGCAAGUCAACCGGGAGAGACUGGCAGAAUACCUUGGGGAGCUGCAACGGAAGGAAGAUACCAAUGAUCGCUAUGUUGCUGCUCUAAGGGGAGAAACCCUGACCAGAAAACCAUAUGUCAGGAUUCAACCUAUUCCAGAGAAAAUUAGUAAUAUCAAUAAAGAAGAGAAGUAGGUAGGAGGUGGUUGUAAGCUAUGGGGUUGUCAAAAAAAACUUGCUUUGUCAUUAUAAUAAUGAGAUGUGCUUUCAUAGUUUGUAUUAACUUUAUCGAACCUUGCUCUAGUAUGCAAGUGAAUUUGACUUAUGUGACAUCAUUUUUGUUUA